GCAGGCCUGGAUUCGCGAGGCUUCCUCUUUGGACCCGUCCUGGCUCAGCGACUGGGAGUCGGGUUUGUGAUGAUCCGUAAGAAGGGGAAGCUCCCGGGCCGUACAGAGUCCGUCUCCUACACUCUCGAAUAUGGCCAGGCAGAGCUCGAAGUUCAGAGCGACGCCGUGGAGCCGGGCCAGAAAGUGAUCUUAAUCGACGACUUGCUGGCCACAGGAG